AUGCCAGCACCACCUCCACCUCUCUCAAGUUUGCCAGAGGCACCUAUGUGUGAAAAAACUGAAGUAAGCGAUGCGGAUUCCCUGCCUCCUUGGGCGAAAAUUACCCUUACAUCUGCAGAGGCAGAAAUUGAGAAGCUGAUAGCCCGAAAUGAAUUGAAGGAUGCUGAAGUAACAUAUUUUUGUCAAGUUGAACCAAUCCUGCAAGAUGGUCCACAAUGCGGUCUGGUGGCACUUGCCAUGGCAUCACAGGAAUACACAAAACCUGUUUCUGUGAGUCAGCUUCUAGCAGAGGCACGUGUAAGGGGUUUCACGCAACACGGAGAAGUAUACAGUGUUGAUUUUAUGGGCACACUAGCAGCAGAAUAUUUACCUGACCAUAGACCAGAUAUUUUAGUAGAUCUACAACAAUGCCCAGAUACGUUAACGCAUGCUUUGGCUCAUGGAGCAAUGGUACUAAUUCCAUAUGAUUCUGAUUUCAAUCAUGCUCCAUGUUUAAAAAGAGGCCAUAAAGCUCAUUGGGCAUUACUUGUCGGUCUAAUUUCAUCUAGACAAGGAUAUCACGUCCUAGCACGUCACGGAAAAUCACGUCAUUUAGCUUGUUGGCCGCUGCGCGAUUUAAUCGAGAGCAAUGGAAACUUGGAAGAGGAAGGAACAGCUAGACACGCCGGAGGAUACGUGAUACCAAAGGGAGGAGUCGGAGGGCAGAGAGGUUUACGUGGUAGGGCAUUGGCAUUACAUCCAUACAUAUAA